CAGGGACAUAGCAGAUCCGCCGCCUGACAGCAAAAACAUGAUGGUAAGAGAGGGAUGAAAAAUCCUUUUCCAUCGUUGAUGCUUGACGCCAAAAAUUAAGUUUGGUUGAAAAUUUCCACAAUGCAAAGAUUUCCCAUUCUAGUUAUAAGCAGUUUGUGUAAAUUCUCUCUUUGUAAUCCGAAGCUGUUUCACUCACAUGUUUGGUGUUGUAUUUUUUGACAGCAACCGGGUAUAAUUUUGUUAAAGGAGGGCACAGAUUCCUCCCAAGGCGUCCCACAACUCAUCAGCAAUAUAAAUGCUUGCCAGUUUAUUGCUGAUGCAGUGCGGACAACUUUGGGACCCAGAGGAAUGGAUAAAUUGAUUGUAAACAGUUCAGGUGGGUUUCAGUUUGGUCACAUUAUUAUUAUUCGAUCUUCCGAUCUUUUAAGCUUAUAAUCUUAUAUAUUUCCAUUUGUUGGUCGUUCCAGGGAAAGCUACAAUAUCCAAUGAUGGAGCGACUAUUAUCAGCCUUUUAGAUGUUGUUCACCCUGCUGCAAAAACUCUUGUAGAUAUUUCUAAGUCACAAGACGCCGAGGUUUGUAUCUUUUUGCCUUUUGUAGUUAGAUUUGGCAAGGUGUGUCAUGUACUUAGCUGUGCAGCACGAUUUGCAUCUCUUCUUUCCUCCGGUAUUAUGAUAAUGCUGCAAUAAAAUUAGAAAACUGUUUUGCAAAUUUGCCGAUCGAUUGUAAGUGAACGAGGUCACGCACGUGUGGCCCUGCCUAGCACUCCAUCCCUUUUGGGAAACAAGUGGUGACCUCCGAAAGAGCACACAACCUUUAAGCAUGAAGGUUGAUCCAUGGGUGACCAGUCAUUUCGCCUUCAAGUCAUUUUGCUUAUGCGCUGUUUGCUAAUGUCUUAAGUUGAGCGUGUGUUUACCUUGUUCUCUCAGCCGUGAUACAAAAAAGUGGCAUACACUUGUAUAUACCUUGUUCUUUUCUGAUCAGGCAAAAGCUAUAUAUUCCAUAUUGAACAUGUAAAGGUGAAAUAUUUAAUAAACCACAAAAAGGAGAGGGGGGCGGGGCAGGGCCCCCUGGACCCACCCCUAAAUCUGCCCUUGGUGAGGGUUUAUAAUUUUCCUUUGUUUUAAACCUCUUGUAGGCAACCACUUGACACACAGUCUUGCCUCUAUGUUUUCAGUCUGUACUAGGCUACUCACCCUCAGAACUUUUAGUGACACUAUGGAACUACACAUGUUGUUACUUAGAAAUUGCGUGUAGUAAUUCUUUACCAAAAAGUAGAUGUUUCGGGACACCUCGAGUAACACUACUGGGGUCUGAUUCUCCUAAGCAACCACUUAUUUUUUCAUUGUGGAUGGUUGCUUAGGGGAGGUUUGACUGUAGUGGUAAGUAGCAAGUGAAAAGCCUCUUUUUGUCAAGGGUGGGUGUGGGCAGGGAGGGGAUGGCUUUGAAGUUUUUGAAUGAUGAAGUGUGAUGUUAUUGUUAUCUCCUCUAGGUUGGAGAUGGAACAACAACAGUCACUCUUCUUGCCAGUGAGUUUCUCAAGCAAGUGAAGCCUUUUAUUGAAGAAGGUGUUCAUGCACAAGUGGCAGUGAAAAGUUUUAGGAAGGCAGCAAAUUUAGUGAGUUUCAAUUCAAUGCACACCUGUACUUACAACAAGAGUGCUAUUCAGUAUUCCAGCUGUUGGGCUUGUGUCUUUGUAUUGUAAGUUAUGUGAUGGGCAAGCCAAGUUUGUAAAUUGCUUUCAUUUAUGACAAAAUAUUGGGUUUGCUCCUUUCAGUGCUUUGGACUAGUAAACUAUCACAACAUCAAAGUUGGUCAAAUCUGAUUGCAUUUUUAUGACCAGGACCUAAUUUCUGGCAAAAGUGUUCCAGCUCAAUCAAUUCCAAGCUCGCCCAUACUCCCCCACCUCUUAUCUCUUUCUCCACUCUAUAGCAGAUAUAAAAUGUUGCAGUGGGGGCCCCAAUUACUUUUGGAAGAGACUGAACCAUUUCUUUGCUUUUCAUACCUAUUUAAGGUUAUUGACCAAGUUUAGAACAAGAUCGUGACCUUCCUAUUUCAUUAAGAUGAUUUUAAUAAUCUAUUUUGUGGUGAUAUAUUAACUUGGCAAUUUGUUUUAGGCAAUAAAGAGGAUUAAAGAAAUUGCUGUACAUAUCAAGAAAGAUGAUCCAAAGUAAGUCAUGUUUUCACCGUCAAUGAUGUACAAUAUUCAUCACCUUUUAUUGUUCUUAUUGGUAUGCCCAUGUGAUAGUUUUCGAUGUUCAUUAACAGUAAGGCUAAUUCUUGUGUGGUGAACCUUCUUCAGCAACUGAUGUGAAUCAUACAGCUUGUUUGCCUUAUGAUAUUGUAUUACAGAGUAGGGGUUUCAAUAAAAAUUGAAGUAGCCAGCAGGUUUAAAAAGAGUAACUGGUUGUAUGAACAAGGGAACAUUAGUCCUCUUUUUCUAGGGGGUUCUCAGGGCGUGCUCCUCCAGAAAAUUUUGAAAUUUUAAAGCCCUUCAGCGUGAUUUCCAGCAUUCUUGGGACUACAUUGAGUACCAAAAAGAGUGUGUUUUUCACUAAAGAAAAUGUUGCCUUUGUUUAAGUGUUAUCAGCCUCACAAUCAACUCCCACAAGCAUUUAUCAAAUGAUGAUAACUUGAUUACAUACAUUUGCACAUGAACAAAUUCUGUGUAAACCUACAUGUAUAAAUAAACGUGUGAAAAAUUGCAGACUGAAAAUAUGCAGUGCUCACAUAACUAAAGCAUAAUAUAAAACAAGUAUGCCGUUACGUAAACACAUCAUAAUUAUGUUUCAUGUUUCAUUUUAUGACUGUAUAUUAUUUGCUUACGACAUUACAAUAACUAUUUGCUUCUUCUUUUGGAAAAAAACAAGCUGACUUCUCUGAGCAAAGUAGCCGACAUGUUUCAUCGGUCCUCGGUGCUUAUUGAAACCACUGACAGAGACAAAUGGAGCUUAACCGGCAUGAACUGAAGGAUACAUCCUUCAGUCAGUUUUUUCCUCCAUCUUUUUUGUUUUUUUCAGUCAAAUUAUGGAAGCGUACAUCUACAAUUGUGGGUUAUGUUGUUUCCUUAAAGACAAAAACUUCUGUAAAAAAUUGUGUGUGCAUCAUAAUACAGAUAAAAUUAAUACUAAGGAUAGCCCUGUGAUUGAUUAACUACUGUAUGUUACAUAAUGCACAUUGAUGGAAGCUGCAGCAUGUAUAAAGUUUUGGAGGACUUUUUUUCAAGCUCAGGGGCAGGGCCUACGCUUCUAGAAGUUUGGGUUCUGUCUACUUAAUUUGGUGUAGAAAAAGUGCAAUGACAAUGGCAGGAAAGAUGAAAUCCUUGGUCACCUUUUUUAUUUCCUCAACUGCUUUACUUAAGAAUAAAUGACAACCCUGACAUGAUUGCUUCAUGCUGCCAAUGUUGGACUCCUGUGUGCUUACAUGUACAUCUAUCUCUGCAACUACUUUUUUUUACAGAGAAAUGAGAAUUUUACUAGAGAGAUGUGCUGCUACAGCUCUAAGCUCCAAACUGGUAGCUGCUCACAAGGAGUUCUUCUCCAAAAUGGUUGUGGAUGCUGUAAUGUUGCUUGAUGAUCUGCUUCCACUCAGUAUGAUUGGCAUGAAGAAAGUGAAAGGAGGAGCUUUAGAGGAUUCACGACUCAUUGCUGGUGUUGCUUUCAAGAAAACAUUUUCUUAUGCUGGAUUUGAAAUGCAGCCUAAAAAGUAUAAGAAUCCCAAAAUAGCACUCCUGAAUGUGGAACUGGAAUUGAAGGCAGAAAAAGAAAAUGCAGAAGUUAGACUUGACAAAGUAGAGGUAACUCACAGCUCAGUGUAUAGUAUGUUCCAAACUUUGAUAGUUUCUCUUGAAGCCCUGCAUGUGGAUAACCAGUGAAAUGCGCUGUGACCACUAAAUAAUGACUGUUUUUUCAGUGAAAAGAGGAGUGCCUAUGACGGUUGCAAAUUUCAGAGAUGCGACAAAUUUUAGGGUCCUUUUAUAAUAUACACCAUCUUUUAUUUUUUGACUAUGAUUGAUUUGAUGCUUUGUAGAGCUGGCAACUACAGGAACUUAAAACUGAAUACAGUCGAACCUCACAUAAGAUUUAUUGGUCACUUCUGAGAGGUGGUUAUGUACUAGAAUAAUAUUAGAGCAUGUGGGGGGUGGAGGGUCUCUUCUGAGGAGAAUUCUGAACACAUCUACUUUUUGGAGGAGAAUUCAUUGCAUGCAUUUUCUAAGUAAGGGUAGGGUUCCACACUCAGUGUCAUUAAAGCUCUUUGCCUACUCUGAGUAGUGAAGUACAAUAUGUUAAAGCAAACAUAGAGAUCAAAUCAGUGGUCAAGUGGUUGCAUACAAGAUGUCGAAAACAGUGGAAAAUUAGAAAAACAUUUUUCAGUAUUUUGAUCUUUUUGUCAAAAAAUUGAUAAGAAUGUGGGAUAGGACUCUAUUAGUUGUGGACAAGACAGUGUGGCAAUGAAAGUAUUUGUUGACUUGUUCAUUAAUGACCUGAAGUGUUGUUUCAUUCUGUAUGUACACUGUAGGAAUAUCAGCAGAUUGUAGAUGCUGAGUGGGAUAUCCUUUAUGAUAAACUGGACAAGAUUGUUCAAAGUGGUGCUAAAGUCGUCCUCUCUAAGUUACCCAUUGGAGAUGUCGCUACACAGUACUUUGCAGACAGGUGAGAACUGUUGAAAUCAAUGACAUUUUAGACUUGAUGGCUUGGUCCCAAGCAGCCUGAAAAAAGAGCCAAAAUUUGGGUGGUUCCCUGCAAAAUGGCCUCUGAGGAAUGACUGCAGAAUUUCCCUACUAAUGAGGUGUCACUACCCUUCUUCUGACUGGUUGAGGCAAAUUUGCCUUGAUGCAGGACCAAUCAGAAGUACUACCCAGAUCUGGGUAGUGACACAUCAUCAGUAUGGAAUUUCUGCAUUUGCUCCUCAGAUGUCAUUUUACAGGGAAACCAGUGAUGGUGUCUAUUGUCGGCUGUUUUCUUAGGCUUGGUCCCAUGAAAAGGAGUUCAUUUUUUCCGGAGAAUUUCAGCUUGACAGGCUAACUUGAUUUUAACAACAAAAAAAAACUGUCUCUUUUCCCGUUGAUUUAACCCAUAUCAUGUCACAACGAGACCCAUCAUUUCCACUUUCAUAAAACAGAUGUGCCACCAUGAUGUUGGCAUGAUUAUUUUCUGGUCCUUCAGAGUAAUUGUUGAUUGUUACUUUUUUUAAGGGACAUGUUCUGUGCUGGUCGUGUGGUAGAAGAAGAUUUAAAAAGAACUAUGAAAGCUUGUGGAGGGGCCAUCCAGACGUCAGUUAACAACAUGACUGAUGGUGUGCUAGGAAGAUGUGAAUUGUUUGAAGAGCAGCAGAUUGGUGGAGAGCGGUAUGUGAAAAAGUUGUUUGGGCAUUUUGUCUGGGCAUUUUUUGCUUAACGGAGGUUUAACAGUUAAAAACGAUGAGCCUGCCAGGCAGUCUGCUGUUUAGUAGCCUGUGAACAGGCCUUUGGUUGAGCGGGUAACUAGUAACUGCUAUUUUUUUGCGGGUAACCAGUAACUGCUAUUUUUUUGCAGGUAACCAGUAACUGCUAUUUUUUUGCAGGUAACCAGUAACUGCUAUUUUUUCCCCCAAACAAAGAGCCUGUUCACAGGCUACUGUUUAGUGAUUUAACCAUUUGGUUUCCAGGUAGUCACAAAGCAGCUAGCCAGCAGAGUACUCUGUUGCUACAUGUAAGUUAGUAAAAACAAACUUACUGUUAGAGGAACUCCUGGCCAGUCAUGAAAAAACCCACACUAUCACAACAAGAUGAUAGGAUCGGUAGAGUUAUAGGAGACCUGGAAAUAAAGGCUGGCAGCUAACAGAAAUUAGUACUGUUUGCAGUCCCAUAUUUUUACGUAAGAUAGUUGAGAUCGAGUGUUUUGCAUUACCUUAGGCUUUAAAAUACGUUUGGUUUUAACAUAAUGUACUGACAGGGUGGGCCCCAGGGUUUUUAGCAGUGGGAGGAGGGAGGAGAGAAAAAUGGAAAAGAGAAAAAUAGAGAAUCCCGCCUCCUCCAAAACCGUUUGCCACCUUCUAAGUUGAUCUGAUACUCACCCCCAGGCUAGAUCCGGUACAUUUGAAACCAAAGUGGCUGACUGUAAGGGUAGGCGCCCAAUCCCAAAGAUAAUAUUACGGAAAAAUAGGGGACCGAGUACAAUAUGGGAGAAAUAGCUUCAAAAAGACAUCAUUGAUACUUAUUUUUUGUUGCCACAUGUUAGGUAUAAUAUCUUCACUGGCUGUCCUGAGGCCAAGACAUGCACUGUUAUCAUGCGAGGUGGAGCAGAACAGUUCAUUGAAGAAACAGAACGAUCUCUUCAUGAUGCAAUCAUGAUUGUGAGACGAGCUAUUAAAAAUGAUGCAGUUGUAGCAGGAGGUGGAGCUAUUGAAAUGGAGCUUAGCAAGUACCUGCGAGAUUAUUCACGCUCAAUAGCUGGAAAAGAACAGCUCCUAAUUGGAUCUAUGGCUAGAGCUUUGGAAAUUAUUCCCAGGCAGCUGUGUGAUAAUGCAGGAUUUGAUGCAACUAACAUUUUAAACAAACUGAGGCAAAAGCACUUCCAAGGUGAGAAAUUAUCAUUGUUGUGCACCAGACAACAAACAGGAAUCUUGCAUCAUCCACCUAAAUAUGAUAAUUCUUGAAAAUUCCACUUUACCCUUUAAGCCCCAGUAUCCACAUACAAAUUCUUCAAACUGAUCUCCAUACAUUUCCUUACGGAAUUAGUUGAGAGAAUUUGUUGAUAAAUCAGGGCAUUUUCUCAUAGGUGAUCAUUUUAUUAAUUCUUAUAACUUAUCUCUUGACAGUGUAUGGAUAUUGUGAGGAGAAAAUUGAUCUUGGUCACUAUUGGGACUAAAAGGGUUAAUUAAUGUACAUUACUGUCUUGUGAAAGAGAGAGGGUUUUUGAAGCAAAUCAAAACCAGUAGAAAGUAGGUAUUAGAAUAAACUUAAUUUCUCAUACCUAGGUAGGGAGAUGAAAAGGAAAUAGGAAUCAUUUUGCAUAAGUGAAAAAUAGAAACUUUUUCAUAAUCAGAGUUAAACUUACAAUUCUUCACUGACAACCUUUAAAAUUGUAGAUGUAAAAAAAACAGUAGCGAAAAAAACUGUUUUGGUUUUGAUUUUGUAAAAGCGCAGCACAUUCGAAGCCUUGUAAACUUUCCUGGUGAUUGAAAUGAAGAAAGAUAUACUGCAGAGAUUCCAAACUGAUGACGUUCACUACGAUGGGUAGAUGCUUCUGGCUGGUCGAAAUAAAUUUACCACGCGGCGCGACCAAUUAGAAGCACUAUCCAGGUCUGGGUAGCGAAACGUCAUCAGUGUGGAAUUUCUGCUGUCGUUUCUCAGACGUCAUUUCGCCGGGAAACCAGUAGGUUGUUUUCUUAGGCUAGAGUGUUAAUUGUCUUAUAUUUUCUCUCAUUGCAGGGGGUAUGUGGUAUGGGGUUGACAUCAAUAAUGAAGAUAUUGCUGAUAAUUUUGAGUCGUGUGUAUGGGAACCAGCCAUAGUCAAAAUCAAUGCCAUUACGGCUGCUACAGAAGCUGCUUGCCUGAUUCUAUCUGUCGAUGAAACAGUGAAGAACCCCAAGUCAGGUGGAGAUGGUCCUCCUGCAGGUGGAAUGGGGAGAGGGCGUGGUCGUCCAAGAUGAGAGUUAAAGGAUGCAUCAUUUUAACACUUAGUGUUGCACGGACUGAUAAUGAGGAUUCUAACUUAUAUUGCUCUUAUGGACGUGAAAUCGCAUCACUUUCAGAAGCAUCUCCAUUGACAUGCCCUGUUGUGACAACACACCAUCAACUGAACUGAGUCUCUGGAAUACAGAUAAAAGAACUCAAUAAUAGAAGAUUUGUUAUUUAGAACCCAGUUGCGAGACCUCACUGAAUAAUAAAAGAUUUUACAGGCGUG